AUGGCGUCUUCUCAGGUAAAGAUCGCCUCUUUAGGAUCUAGCUUUGGAUGUGUCCUCAGAGAUCGUAACCAAGGGCACAAUAACGAAGACGACGUCGUUUUCCAGAAGAAUCUGAAAGCUCAAGUGAAAACUGCGGCGAUCUCCGACGAGAAUGCCAUGAAUAGAGUUGAUUCUUGGAUCGGAAACAAACCGAAAAAGAAGAAUAAAAUCCGUCUUGGAUCGCCGGAGAAACCACGUGCCAGAAAAUCGAAGAGAAACGACAAUCUUGGAGGAGGAGCUUCUUCUCUUGUGCAGAUAUGGGAGGCGAGGCUAAAUCGAUCCAACGGCGGAAACUCGCCGAUCAACGGCAAACCGACGGAGAGCGGUUUUGGAGUGAGCGUUCAAGAAAUUAACGUUUCGGCUCCUGAAUCUGAAUCCGAGAACGAAUCGAAGAAUCUUGAUCUACCGGUAGAGAUUGGAUCCGGUACUCUCAAUUCGGUUUCUGACAUUAUCCGGAGAUUGAAACAGAGGGGAGGGGAUAAUGGCGGUGCGGUAGCCAUAGCGAUCGUGAAAACGUCGCCACCUUGCGUUUCCUCCAGCUCGUCGUCAGUGUCUGAGAAAAGCAUUUUUCCGGUGGUUACAUGUUCGCCGCGACUCCGAGGAAGGCAAGCGUUCUCCGAUCUGCUUAUGCAUCUGGAACGCGACCGUAACCGCGAAUUGGAGUCGCUUCGUGAACGCAACGCAGUUUCCAGGUUUCCUCAACGCGGUCGCCUCCAGUCAAUGUUGCGGUUAAGGAGUCUUAAACGCGGCCUAGUGAUUCAAGAUCGUCAUCGGUCUACCACAAAAUCACCCGAUUUGAUUCGCGUGGAAUCUGGUUCUCCAGUUCUACAUCUUAGGGAAAUGUUCCAGGCAAACGCAAACGCUGAAGCAAAACGGAGAAAAGGUCAACAAUCCACCGUAGAAACCGAGAGCAUGCGGCCCAAAGAAAUCAAUAUUCUUCUAGAAACUUCUUCCACAGAGCGGUUAAGCUCUCGAAAGCGCAAGAUAGAGGAAGCAAUCAUACAUAAGAACGAAAUUAAAUCAAAGAUGAGUUACCUUCAUCUUCAAGAAACCAUAGUAGCAGAAGCUUUGGAAAGCAAAUCUGAAAGCACUAGCCCGAGCAACAGUGUAACUCAUCAAGAACCACGAAUACUGGAGAACGUGGAAGCGAGCAAGGUAGAAAACGAUACUCAAGAAACACUAUUCCUUGAGCAUCAAGAAACACCAUUCCUUGAGCAUCAAGAAAUUCCGUUCUCAAAUGGAUGGGAAGAGCAAGAAGAGUAUGAGGAUGAACAGUCUUAUUACGGAGAAUCGAGCUACGACUGGCUUACAGAAAUAUCUCGGCCUCGGACUUAUUGGGAAGAUUUGAGGAAAUCGCGGUAUUUGGAAGUGAUGAACACUCGAUCUGACAAAGACGAAAUUUGCAAACUUCUCGAGAGAGGAACGGUUUCGGAUUUCCUCCAGAGCGGUCAGCGAGAGAAGAUCGAUAAUCUCAUAAUGUCCCGUGUUCAGACACAUCUUGUUAAGCGGAUUGAAGAAGCAGAUAAAGAAGAAGAGAAAUGUGACAUAGGUGAAGAAGAUGACUCGAGCCAAACAUCAUCGCAGAUAUUUGCGCCGUCUCCGGCAGGAUCGUGGAGUUCUCAAGACACCGGAGUUACUUCUUCAACACCUCUGCACAGUCUACAUUCUGAGAUGGAAAACGAUUUGAGAUCACAGAUUUUACAGCUCCAAAUGGAAAUGUCUGAGCUACGAGACUCUGUCAAAACGUGUUUGAAUGUAAACGCCAGCCUUCAAAAGUCAGUUCACCAAGAAAAUCCACUGAAACGCAAAUGCUGCGUUUGUAAUGAAACGCAAGUUGAAACACUAUUAUACAAGUGCGGUCACAUGUGUACAUGCCUGAUAUGCGCAAACGAAAUUCUAUGGAAUGGCGGGAAAUGCCCGAUUUGUCGUGCUAAGAUUCUAGACGUUGUUCGAAUUUUCUUCGACUGA